AUGGCUGAUGCCGGAGCCUCGCAGUCACACGGCCCAGGGAGCUCCCACCAGCCUCCCAUGACGCCUUCCGCUCCUCAAGUGCCCGCGCCCGCGACUCCUGGCCAGGUACCCAUCAUGAACGCACCCGCCCCCCUCCUUCGCCCAGCUCUCCCCGGCAGCCGCCCCGGCGGCUCUCGAACCCCGCGGCUCGGCCUCGCCAUUCCACCCUCCCCCAGUGUUAAGCCCGUCUCCCAGGGUGGCCAGCCAGGUGGUCAGCCAGCUCCUGGCCGGCCAACGCUGCCGAAACUGAAUCUCGGCACACCGCAUAUUAGCCAAAUCACCCCCUACGAACAACCUCCGAGGUCCAACAACUGCGCCCAGCCUGGACAGUCGGCCGGUGCUGGCAGCGAAAGCAGUGCCGCCCACUCCAGAUCUGGCAGCUUUGGUCCCCUCGAUGGCAGAAAUAGCAACCCCACGUCUGCUGGAUCCCAGUUCUCCGCCCUCUCCUUUGCGUCACAACUAUCACAGUUUGGGAUCCCCGUUGGCCGCGCCCAGGGCACGCCCGACCCAGUCUCUGCCGUCGGCUCCAUGUACUCGGAGAGAAGCGACGGUGGUGCCGCCAUGGAGAGGGACGGCAGUCUCCAAGGCCUCGAGGCCUUUGAUAAGCUCAGCCUUGAAAAGGCGCGGACUGCAGACGUCGAUGAUCUCGAUGACGAGGGUUGGAGAAUUGCCAGCAUGGAGAGGCGGAUAGUCGAAAUUGGAAGUUUGGGUGAAGGUGCAGGCGGUGCUGUCACAAGAUGUAUGCUCAAAGGCGGCAAAACUGUCUUUGCCCUCAAGGUCAUUACUACAAACCCGGACCCAGAUGUCAAGAAGCAAAUCGUCCGCGAACUGGGCUUCAACAAGGAAUGCGCCUCAGAGCACAUUUGCCGCUACUUUGGUGCAUUUGUCGACCCCGCCACAGCUACCAUCUCCAUAGCUAUGGAGUUUUGCGAAGGUGGCUCACUAGACAGCAUUUACAAGGAGGUCAAGCGUCUUGGCGGACGAACAGGAGAAAAAGUCCUUGGUAAGAUCGCUGAAGGUGUCCUAGGCGGCCUAACUUACCUGCACACACGUCGCAUCAUCCACCGCGAUAUUAAGCCCUCGAAUAUCCUGUUAUGCCGUGACGGCGCCGUCAAGCUUUGCGACUUUGGCGUGUCUGGAGACUUUGGUACCAAGGGCGAGGCCAACACUUUCAUCGGCACCAGCUACUACAUGGCACCGGAGCGCAUCACUGGCCAAUCUUACACCAUCACAUCAGACGUUUGGUCCACCGGCGUGACUCUGCUCGAGGUUGCCCAGCACCGUUUCCCUUUCCCCGCGGACGGCACUGAAAUGCAGCCUCGUGCUGGUCUAAUCGACUUACUCACCUAUAUUGUACGACAGUCGGUGCCAAAGCUCAAAGAUGAGCCCGAGAUGGAUGUUUACUGGAGCGACAACUUUAAAUACUUUAUUGAGUGCUGCUUGGAAAAGCAGCCCAAUCGUCGUGCAAGCCCCUGGAAGAUGAUGGAGCACCCCUGGAUGGUCGAAAUGAAGUCAAAGAGAGUCAACAUGGUCAAAUACCUGUCCUUCGUCUGGGGCUGGGACAACGAGGCUGCACCGACGGCGGCUUGA